AUGAGCUGCAAUAGCUUCGACGAGACGGAGCUGCUCGUGGCGUGGAUCUGUGAGCGCAUCCGGCUGCCGGGCUACGCGCCAACUAAGUGGUCGCCGGCCGACUCGGCGAUCGUCAAGGAGUUUGCCGAGAGUCCCAACGUGCCCGCGCUCUUCGUGUCGACGCAGCCGCCCACCGGCGGCCUCCGCGUGAGCACCGUCGCGCCGCGCGACGCCAGCUCCAUCUUUUACUUUGUCAAGAACGGCCAAGUCGCAGUAAAAGCGGCGACCGCCGGCAGCAGCCUCCAGUUCGGCUCGAUUUCGGGCGAAGGCAUUGCGUCAUUGCUGCAGCUCAUGAACACAUUCUACCUCCAGCGACUGCAGCACGAGAAGAACUGGCCCGAGUCUGUGCAGAAGGAGUUCACUGCGCAGUUCUACCGCUUCAUGUCGAGCUUGACCGAGACCGUAUCUCGGGGCCUCGGCAAGACGGUGCUGUACCUUCCGCCGAUCGCGACCGAGAAGAUGAACCACAAGGACAAAGACCUCGUGCAGCAGCUCGAGUCGACCGUCAUCCACUGGACGCGGCAGAUCAAGGAGGUUGUCAACAACCAAGACAACGCCCACGAUGCGGAAGGCGCGGGGCCGCUCGAAGAGAUCAAGUUCUGGGAGCACCGCACCGAGGACCUCUCGGGCAUCACCGAGCAGCUCAACCGUCCGGGCGUGAAAGACAUCGUCGACAUUCUCAGUUUAGCGAAAUCGUCGUACUUGCAGCCGUUUGAAACCCUCAGUCAGAUCAUCAAGCAAGGGUCGUUCGAGGCCAACGACAACCUUCGGUUCCUCAAGAAGCUCUGUCCGAUCUGCGAGCAGAUGGCGAAAGCGACGCCGAGCGAGAUCCCGGCGCUCUUGCCCAAGCUCCUGACGUCCAUCCGGCUCAUUUGGAUGUACUCGCGCUACUACAACACGGAAGACCGCAUCACGUCGCUCCUCCGCAAGGUCUCGAACGAGAUCAUCGCGCUCUCGGCCAAGACGAUCUCGCUACGCGACAUCUUUGACGGCGACGUCGUCCGCAGCAUCCGCAACCUCGAGGAAACCAUCGCAUGCGGUGUCGCGUGGAAGACGAUUUACGCCAACGUCACCAGCGCCGUCCAGCGCGAGGGCGCGCUCAAGUGGCACUUCGAUGACACGAGCAUUUUCGCGCAGGUCGACGCGUUCGUGCAGCGCUGCCGCGAGCUCCUCGAAGUCUGCGAGGGCCAGAUCCAGUUUGCGCGCAAAGGCGGCGGCUCCACGAGCCUGCCAUGCUUUGGCGGCAACCGCGGACUCGAGAUCGUCAAGUCGCUCAUGGGCAUCGAGACGCAGUUUGAAGGGCACAUCGACCGCCUGCGCAAGCUCGACUACGACAUCCUCGACGUCAAGAUCACGUUCUGGCACAGCGACUUCAACGCGUUCAAGAAUGGCGUCAAAGACUUGGAGGCCAUGACGCAGAAUGUUGUCAACGCCGCCUUCGACUCGGUGUCCACCAUUGCGGCCGGCUGCGAUCUCUUGCAGGCCUUCCAGACCAUCUCCAAGCGCGAAGCCAUUCGGCGCUGCCUUGAGAAACGCACGAUCGACGUGUAUGCCAUGUACAAGGCGCAGAUCUCGACCGUUCGGAGUCUCUUUGAGAAGAACAAGGGCGCACCCCCGCUCUCGGCCACGGAGCCGCAGUACGCGGGCGCGGCGCUCUGGGCGCGCGGCCUCCUCCUCAAGUGCAAGGAAGAUCUCAUGCGACUCUCGCAGCUCACGAGCCUGCCCUCCGGCGCGAUCGAAUUCGAGGAAGCCACGUCGCACUUUGACGGUCUCAAGGCCGUGCUGAACGACUACAUUCAGAAAAAGUACCACGACUGGAUCGACGAGCUCAACGAGCUGGGGCAAGCAAAUCUCAACGCGCGGCUCGAGAACCCCCUCAUGACCAAAGUCGGCGCGGAGAUGCUCGCGUCCACAGCGACCUUGCCCGCGGCCAACGCCAGCACCAACGCCAAUGCACUGCCCGCCUCCGGCGACGCGCCGGUCGAGAAGCUCAUCGGCCGAUCCAAGAAAGGGUUUCUGCACUGCAAUUUUGACCGCCCGCUCCUCCAGCUCUUCGCCGAGGUGCACUAUUGGCUCUACUUUAACGGCGAGGUCCAGAUCCCGUACAUCGCGCACGACAUUUGCAACCAAAAGGAGCAGCUGCGGGUGCUGCGCGAACACGUCGUGCUCGUCAUCCGCGACUACAACCGCAUUUUGCACGAGCUCUCGUCGACCGAGCGCCGGCUCUUCGACGACAUCAUCCGGAAGCUCGACCGGCGCAUCCAGCCCGGGCUCCAAAAGCUCACGUGGCAAAGCAAGGGCAUCGUCGACUGGUAUGUGGCCGACUGCCGGAAGCACUGCGACACGACGUUCCGCAUCGUUCGCGAGUUUCAGGACAAUAAGGAGCUGAUUGCGAGCAACUGCAAGAUGAUAGCGGGGCUCAUGCACAUUGCGAUCGAGCGCAACUCGGUCUACGACGACGGUGUCUUUGAAGUCAAGCAAGCGAGCCAUCGAAAAGAGAUUGAGAAGAAGCUACGGGACGCGUACGAGAGCAUCCGCAGCACGAUGGGGGCCAUGUACACGCACUUUGCAAGCGGCCCGCCAGACGUCCAGCGCGAGUGGGCGCGGUUUGUCGAGCGCGCGGACAAGAGCCUCGAGGACGCGCUUCGGCAGAGUGUGAAAAAGUCGCUGCAAGAGCUCAGCAAGGCCAUCAACGGUGACGCCAAGACGGACCCGCACCCGCUCUUCCGCGUGCACGUGGUCCUCGAGGACGGCCGCGUCGAGUUCCACCCGCUCAUGGCCAACCUCACGCAGAUGGUCAACACGGUCGCCAAGGAGAUCUUCAACGUCAUCUCGGUCGUGCCGCGGCUCACGUCGCUGCUGACCAGCACGACAGAGCCGCAUGUUAUCGACGCGCCGGGCGUCGAAGCCACGUUUUACCAGUCGAUCUUCCAGGACGAAGAAAUCCUCAAGGUUCUCGUGCACAUCAUGAACGGCAUGUCGGCGAGCGCGACGGAGCUGCAAAAGUACCUCGGGUACUGGGACAAGUACAAGCUCUUGUGGAACCAAGACAAGCAAGCGUUCAUUCGGCGCUACGCCAAGGCCAACCGCCCGCUCUCGCAGUUCCGCGUCGAUAUUGAACGGUAUCGGGAGCAGCAAGUCUCGAUCACAAACGAAGACCUCACCAACACGAUCAAUUUCGUGCAAAUUGACACCAACUUGCUCAAAGCGAGCCUCGUCGACCAUACGGUGCAGUGGAUCGGCAAGCUCACGGGCCUCCUCAACCAAACCGCGGCCGACGAGCUGCGCGCGCUCAACCUGAUGAUCAAGGAGAACACGAAGAAGCUGCUCAUCAAGCCAAGCAACCUCGACCACCUCGGACAGAGCAUUACGCUGCUGCAGGAAAUCAAGGACUCGGCGCCGAGCGUCGAGGCGCAGUUCGAGCCGCUGCAACAAAAGUACGACCUCUUGGCCGAGUUUGACGUGCAAAUUUCCGACGACGAGGCGCGGGACCUCGCGGGCUUGCGGCCGCAGUGGGAAGCGUACGAGCUCAUGAUGGUGGAGGCGAACGCGAUGCUGCAAAAGUGCAAGAUGAGCAUGAAGCAGUCGCUCCAGGACACGGUCGCGGAGCUGAGCCACCACAUGAUCGAGCUCCGCAACGAAGCGGUGGCGUCGCUGCCCUACUCGGACGUCGACACGACGUCGGCCUCUGCGCAUGGAACGCUGCUUGCGUUUGAAGCCAAGAUGGAGGCGACGCGCGCGCGCCAGGCAGCGCUCAAGAAGGGCCUCGACAUCUUCGGUAUCGAAGAGUCGCCGAACGAGGACUUUGUUCGAACUGAGAAGGAGUUGGAGCUGCUGCAGACGAUCUGGGCCAUCUACGACGAGUGGGACGGCGUCUGGUCGAGCUGGAAGCACAACGUGUUCACGUCCUUGGACGUCGAGCGCAUGGAGAUGACGGCGGCGCAGUUCUUCAAGAAGAUCUCCAAGGCCGGCAAAGACAUGAAGGAGUGGGCGGUCUGGGCGUCCAUGAAGGAGAAAAUCGACCAGUUCCGCGCGACCUUGCCGCUGAUCCAGGACCUCAAGAACGAAGCGCUCCGGCCGCGCCACUGGGCGAUGCUCAAGGAGGAAAUGGAAAAGUUCUUUGACGCGACGGCCCAAGACUUUACACUCGAGAAGGUCUUCUCGCUCGGCUUCCACUUGCACGCCGAGUACAUCUCGAGCAUGUCCUCGAACGCGUCCAAGGAGCUCUCGAUCGAGCAGGCGCUCGAUGGGAUUGCCGAGCGCUGGAACGGCAUCGACCUCGACCUCGUCGAGUACAAGUCGGUGUACUUUAAAGUGCGGUCGGCCGAAGACCUCUUUACCUCGCUCGAAGAUGACCAGGUGCAGCUCUCGACGAUGAAGGCGUCGCCGUUCUUCGAGGCGUUCAAAGCCAAGAUCUUGUACUGGGAGGCAUCGCUCUCGCACGUCUCCGAGGUCGUCGAGACGCUUCUCGGGGUCCAGCGCUGCUGGAUCUACCUCGAGUCGAUCUUCAUGGCGAGCGAAGACAUUCGGAAGCAGCUGCCGCUCGAGUCGGCGCUCUUUGAUGACGUCAACCAGGGCUACAUCCGCGUGACGACGUCGAUGGCGUCGGCCAAGAACGCUCUCAAAGGCACUCAUCUCCCCAACACGCUCGAGACGCUCGUCGACAUGCAGGCCAAAUUGGAUCAGAUCCAGAAAUGUCUCGACCAGUACCUCGAGACGAAGCGCAUGCUCUUCCCGCGCUUCUACUUUCUCUCGAACGACGAUUUGCUCGAGAUCCUCGGGCACCAAAAGGACCCGGAUCAAGUCCAGAAGCACAUCAAAAAGUGCUUUGAAGCCAUCAAGUCGCUCUUCCUCCUGCACCCUGGCACGCGCGGCAACCUCACCUUCGAAGCGGCCGGCAUGAACGCGCCGGACGGAGAGCAAGUGUUGUACCUCAACAACGUGGUUGUAGCCGGCGCUGUCGAAAUGUGGCUUUUACGCGUCGAAGCAGCCAUGGUCGCGUCGCUCCAGAAGCUCUUUGCCGCCUGCCUCGUCGGGUACCGCGGCAAGAAGGACAAGUGGAUCAAAGAGUUUCCAGGGCAGCUCCUCAUCACGUGCGGCCAGACGGCGUGGACAAACGAGUGCAUCAAAGCCCUCAACGACGUGUCCAAAGGCGACAAGAAGGCGCUAAAAACCCUCAAGAAGAAAUGGAUUUCGUACCUGAACAAACUCGCCGACAUGGUCCGCGGCCAGCUCUCGUCGAUCGACCGCAAGAAGCUGGUCGCGCUCAUCACAAUUGAGAUUCACUCGCGCGACGUGAUCGACCGCCUCGUCAAGCAAGCGUGCAAGUCGACCAACGACUUCGAGUGGCUCAUGCAACUGCGCUUCUACUUCAACAAGGACCUCGGCGACCACGGAAUCUGCGAAGUCAAACAAACGGUCACGUGUCUUCAGUACAGCUACGAGUACCAGGGCAACAACGGCCGCCUUGUGAUCACGCCCCUCACGGACCGCUGCGUGCUUACCAUGACGACGGCGCUGCAUCUCAACCGCGGCGGCAAUCCGCUGGGCCCUGCCGGCACGGGCAAGACCGAGACCGUCAAGGAUCUCGGGAAGAACCUCGCCAAGUACGUCAUCGUCUUCAACUGUUCGGACGGUCUCGACUACAAGUCGGUCGGGCGCAUGUUUGCCGGCCUUGUGCAGUCAGGCGGCUGGGGCUGCUUCGAUGAGUUCAACCGCAUUGAGAUCGAAGUGCUCUCGGUCGUUGCGCAGCAAGUGCUCACAAUCAUGCAAGCGCUGACGAUGAAGUCCAAGGAGUUCGUCUUCCUCGGCACCAUGAUCCAGUGCAACCACAACAUGGGCAUCUUCAUCACGAUGAACCCGGGGUACGCCGGGCGCACGGAGCUGCCCGACAACCUCAAGGCACUGAUGCGUCCGUGCGCCAUGAUGGUGCCAGACCUCGCCUUGAUUGCCGAGGUGAUGCUGCAAGCAGAGGGCUUUCGCGACGCCAAGGUGCUCGCCAAGAAGACGACGACGUUGUACGGCCUCAUGAUCCAGCAGCUGAGCAAGCAAGACCACUACGACUUUGGGCUUCGCAGUCUCAAAGCCGUGCUCAACAUGGCCGGCGCGCUCAAGCGAGAGGACCCCAACAUGCAGGAAGAGCACAUCCUCCUGCGUGCGCUGCGAGACAUGAAUGCGCCCAAGUUUGUACGCGAAGACGCCGCGCUCUUCAAGCUCCUCCUCGGCGACCUCUUUCCGUCGAUCGAGCUGCCGAUACCGGAUUAUGGCGCGCUGCAGAACGCGAUUCAGCGCGAGCUCGUGAGCCAGGGCCUCCAGUUGCACCCGAACAUUCUCUUCAAGACAAUCCAAAUGUACGAGAGCCAAGCGACGCGCCACUGCAACAUGAUUGUGGGCCAGACCAUGGCCGGCAAGUCGACGGUGUGGAAAACCCUCCAGAUGGCCAAAACGCUUUUGGCGAAAGAGGGCGUGAGUGGGUACACCCCCGUGCGCGUCCAGGUGCUCAAUCCCAAGUCGAUUUCGCUCAACGAGAUCUACGGCGUGUACGACCUCGCGACCUUUGAGUGGAUCGACGGCAUCCUCAGCGCCAUCUUCCGCACGCUCGCGAGCGACGAAAAGCAAGAUGAGAAGUGGAUCAUGCUCGACGGGCCGGUCGACACGCUGUGGAUCGAGUCGAUGAACUCGGUCAUGGACGACAAUAAAGUGCUCACGCUCAUCAACGGCGACCGCAUCGGCAUGAGUCCGUCCAUGGCGCUUCUCUUCGAAGUCCAAGACCUCUCAGUCGCCUCGCCCGCGACCGUCUCCCGCGCCGGCAUGGUGUACAUGGACGUCGAAGACCUCGGGUGGCGUCCGUACGUGCAGACGUGGCUGGACACGAGCAUCGUCGACGCCGACGAGCGCGAGCUCCUCAAGGCACUCUUUGAAAAGUACGUGGUCAAACUGCUCGCGUUUCGCCGGACCGACGUCACGGAGCUCAUUCCGGUGGCGGAAUUUAACGGUGUCAAGAGCUUCUGCAACCUCUACAAGGUGCUCGCGACGCCCGAGAACGGCGUCGAGAAGAGCUCCGAGGUCUUUGGCGCCAUGGUCGAAAAAUGGUUCCUCUUCUGUCUCGUCUGGUCCGUCCUCGGCGCCGCCAACGACGACGGCCGCGCCCGCUUUGACGCGUGCCUCCGUGAGAUCGACACGGUGUUUCCACCGGUGAAGACCAUCUACGAGUUCUACGUCGACCCGAAGGCGCACGACCUCAAGCUCUGGGACGAGAAGCUGCCCGCCAACUACCGCGUGCUCCCCAACACGCCAUUCCACAAGAUCAUUGUGCCGACCAUCGAUACGCUUCGGUAUGGAUUUCUGCUGCAGACGAUGGUGCUCGGCGGCCUCAAUGCGCUCCUCGUCGGCGACACGGGCGUGGGCAAGACGACCAUCAUCGAGCGCGAGCUCGAGAAUCUCUCCGACGCGACGUAUGCGCGCCUCGUGAUGAACUUUAGCUCGGCCACGUCGUCAUCGACGACCCAGGACGUGAUUGAAGCCGUCAUGGAGAAGCGCAGCAUGAACCGGUUCGGCCCCGUCGGCGGCAAGAAGCUGGUGACGUUCACGACGUUCGUCGACGACCUCAACAUGCCAACCAAAGACGACUUUGGGUCCCAGCCCCCGCUCGAACUACUGCGGCAGUGGGUCGACUACGGCUGCUGGUACGACCGGAAGAAGCAGACGCUGCGGUACUUCGUGGACAUGCAGCUCGUGGCCGCCAUGGGACCACCCGGCGGCGGUCGGUCCGUGAUCUCGUCGCGCUUCCAGAGUCGCUUCAACCUCGUCAACAUGACGUUUCCCGAGAACACGCAAUUGCGCAAGAUCUUCGAGACGAUGCUCGUGCCCAAGCUGAGCGAGUUCGACGACGAGAUCAAACCCCUCGGCGCGCCGCUCGUCACGGCCACGAUCGUGCUCUACCAGACCGUCGAAGCGAACUUUCUGCCGACGCCUGCCAACUGCCACUACCUCUUCAACCUCCGCGACAUGGCCAAGGUCGUCCAGGGCCUUUUGACCGCCGAGAAGCUGCUCAUUUCGGGUCGCGACGGCAUGCUCCGGCUCUGGAUCCACGAGGCCCUUCGCGUCUUUAGUGACCGGUUGACGUCCGCCACGGACCGCGCGCUCUUCAAGACCAAACUGGACGAGAUCCUCGCGGCGACGUUCCAGACCGAGUGGAACCGGCUUCUCAACACGCACGUUGAAGUGCUCAAGGAGAGCGGGCCGCUCUUCAGCGGUAUUUUGACACCGUCCGAAGACGACGCGCCCGUCAAGUACGACGAAGUCGACGACAUCAAAGGCCUCAAGCAUUUCGUGGAAGAUCAGCUCGACAACUACAACGUCGAGCCGGGUCUCGUGCCAAUGGACCUCGUGCUCUUUGGUGACGCGCUCAUGCAUCUGCUGCGCAUUUACCGGCAGCUGACGACGCCGCGCGGCAACCUCCUGCUCGUCGGCGUCGGUGGCAGCGGUCGGCAGAGUCUGACGCGCCUCGCAGCGUUCAUUGCGAGCUGCGACCUCUUCCAGAUCGAAGUGACCAAGAACUACCGCCCGAUGGACUUUCACGAAGACAUGAAGAAGCUGUACCACAACACGGGCGUCCUGAACAAGAAGACGACGUUCCUCUUCAGCGACACGCAGAUCAAAAGCGAGUCGUUCGUCGAGGACAUCAACAACAUUCUGAGUUCCGGCGAGAUUCCAGGCCUCUUUGAGAAGGACGAGCAGAGUACCAUCAUCGACAGCGUCCGGCUCCGAGCGCGCGCGCAAGGCGUCAAGGAGACGAAGGAAGGCCUCUGGGGCUUCUUCAUCGGCGAAGUGCGGCGCAACUUGCACGUUGUCUUGGCGCUGAGUCCGAUCGGGAAAGGCUUCCGCAACCGCGUGCGGCAGUUCCCGUCGCUUGUCAACAACACGACGAUCGACUGGUUCGACGAGUGGCCCAUCGACGCGCUCCAAGAGGUCGGUAUGAAGUUUCUGGACGAGAAGCGCAUUGCGGCCGAGGCCCAGCGGCCCAAGAUCGCCGCCGUCUUCGCCGUUGUCCACAGCUCGGUCGUGCUUGCGUCGGCGCAGAUGCUCGCGUCCAUGAAGCGCCACAACUACGUCACGCCGACCAACUACCUCGCACUCGUCAAGGGCUACGUCGAAUGUCUGCUUGAGAAGAGCUCGGCGAUCGUCGACUCGCGCGACAAGCUCAAGAACGGCCUGGCCAAACUCGAAGAGAGCCGGACGCAGGUCGAAGAAAUGUCCAAGCAGCUCGAAGAGCGCAAGGUUGUCGUCGCGCAGAAGAACAAGGACUGCAGCGACCUCCUCGUCAUCAUCGUCUCGGAACGGCGCGUCGCCGACGAGCAGCGCAAGCAGGUCGAGGCCGAGUCCGAGCGCAUCUACAAGGAGGAGGUCGAGACUAAGAAGAUCGCCGACGACGCCCAGAAAGACCUCGACGAAGCGCUGCCGGCGCUCGCCAAGGCCAUGGCCGAGGUCGACCUCCUCGACAAGAAGGCGAUCGCCGAAGUCAAGGUCUACUCCCAGCCGCCGGAAGCCGUCUCGCUCGUCAUGUGCGCGGUCAUGGUGCUCUUUGGGCUCACGCCGACGUGGGCCGUCGCCAAAGUGAAAAUGAACGACUACACGUCCAAGGACAUGUUCAAGGCCGACAUUGUGCGCAAGGUCUCGGGCGCCGCCGGUGCGCUCUGCUCGUGGGUGCUCGCGAUGGAAGUCUACUCGACCGUCUUUCGGCUCGUCGCGCCCAAGCGCGAAGUGCUCAAAAAGUCGCAGCAAGCGCUCGAGUCCAAGCAAAAGGACCUCCAGCGGGCCAAAGGCAAGCUCCAAGAGGUCACCGAGAAGGUCGAGUCGCUCAAAAAGCAGUACGACGACAGCGUCAGCGAGAAGAACGCGCUGCGGGAGGAGGCCGAAGUGCUCGAACUCAAGCUCUCGCGCGCGACGCAGCUCGUUUCGGGUCUCUCGGGCGAGCGCGAGCGCUGGCAAGUGAGCAUUGCGACCAAAGAAGGCUCGCUCCUCAACGUCGUCGGCGAUGCACUCGUCGCCGCGGCCUUCCUCUCGUACGCAGGUCCGUUCGACACUGCAUUUCGCGCGUCGCUCGUGGAUACGUGGUCCAACCGGGUCGUGCAGCAAGGGCUGCCGCUCUCGCCGUCGUUUCAGUUCACCGACUUCCUCGCCGACCCGACCGACGUCCGCCACUGGAACGCGCACGGGCUUCCCCGCGACAACCUGUCGACCGAGAACGGCGUCGUGACGACGCGCGGGAAGCGCUGGCCGCUCAUGAUCGACCCGCAAGGCCAAGGCAACAAGUGGAUCAAGUCGCUCGAGGGCGCCAAACUCGACGUGGUCGACCCGAUGAUGAAGGACUUUCUCCGCAAGCUCGAGAACGCGAUUCGGUUUGGCACGGCCGUGCUCAUGCAGGACGUCCAGGAAGAGCUCGACCCGAGUCUCGAGCCGGUUUUGACCAAGAGCAUCGUCAAGGUCGGCAACCGCGACAUCCUCCGCAUCGGCGACAAGGAGCUCGACUACAACCACGACUUUCGGUUUUACCUCACGACGAAGCUGCACAACCCCCACUAUACCCCUGAAGUCUCGACCAAGACGACGAUCGUGAAUUUCGUCGUCAAGGAGCAAGGCCUCGAGGCCCAGCUCCUCGGCACGGUGGUGCAGAUGGAAGAGCCCGCGCUCGAAGAGCAGAAAUCCGAACUCGUCAUCAAGGUCGCGGCCGCCAAGCGCAAGCUUGUCGACUUGGAGAAUGAGAUUUUGCGCCUCCUCUCGGCCGCAAAGGGCUCGCUCCUUGACGACGAGUCGCUCGUCAACACGCUCAAUGCGUCCAAGACGACGUCGGAAGAAGUGAGCUCGCAGCUCGUCGUGAGCGAAGAGACCGAGCGCAAGAUCGACGCGGCGCGCAUGGGCUACGUCGCCGUCGCUGUCCGCUCGUCGACGCUCUACUUUGUGCUCAACGACAUGACCAAGGUGGACCCGAUGUACCAGUUCUCGCUCGACUCGUACGUUGACUUGUUCAAAGAGUCGAUCGCGAAGAGCCGGUCGGCGCGCCAGACGCUCACGCUGACCGACGACCUCAGCGAGCGCAUCAGUGCCAUCAACGAGUACCACACGUACGCCGUUUACGCCUACGCCUGCCGCGGUCUCUUUGAGCGGCAUAAACUGCUCUUCUCGUUCCAAAUGUGCAUUCGUGUGCUCCAGAGCCUCAAGAAGGUGCCGCAAGACGAGUACGAGUUCCUCCUCAAAGGCGGGAGCGUGCUCGGCCACGACGAGCGCGUCGCCAACCCGGUCGCGGAUUUCUGUCCCGAGAGCACGUGGAAUGCCGUCGUGGACCUCAACCGCCUGCCCCGUUUCCAAGGCCUCGUGUCCUCCUUUGAGCAAACGGGCAAGGGGUGGAAGCAGUGGUUCCAGAGCAGCGCGCCCGAGAUCGAGCAGCUGCCGGGCGACUGGGAAGGCAAGUGCAACGAGCUCCAGCGCAUGCUGCUUCUCCGCGUGCUCCGGUCGGACCGCGUGACGAUCCAAGCCUCGAAGUUCGUGGCCACGAACCUCGGCGCGCAGUUUGUGGACCCGCCGCCCUUCGACCUCCGCGCCAUAUACGACAACUCGACAUACAAGACGCCGCUCAUUUUUGUGCUUUCGCCCGGCGUCGACCCGACCAACAACCUCAUGGCGCUGGCCGAGUCGCUCAAUAAGAAGGUCGAGAACUGCGCCCUCGGGCAGGGCCAGAGCGGCUUUGCCGAGGCGAUGCUCGCGCGCGGGCUCGAGGGCGGCCACUGGGUCUUCUUGGCCAACUGCCAUCUCAUGCUGAGCUGGGCGCCGACGCUCGAGAAGCUCAUCGACAACUACUGCGCCAACCCGAGUGUGAACCCCAACUUCCGGCUCUGGCUCACGAGCGACCCGAAUCCCAAGUUUCCCAUCGCGAUCCUCCAGCGCGGGAUCAAGAUGACGACCGAGCCGCCGCGGGGCAUCCGUGCCAACUUGCUAAGGCUCUACAACACGAUGACCCCGGAGCGGUUCGGGCGCUGCAAGCAGACGAAGAAGUACAAGCGGCUCCUCUUCUGUCUCUGCUGGUUCCACGCGCUCCUCCUCGAGCGGCGCAAGUUCAACAACCUCGGCUGGAACAUCCCGUAUGACUUCAACGAGAGCGACUUUGCUAUUAGCGAAGACGUGCUCGCGAUCUAUUUAGAUGAGUACGACGAGACGCCAUGGGAGGCGCUCAAGUACCUCAUCGCGCAGGCCAACUAUGGCGGGCGCGUCACCGACGACUGGGACCGCCGCUUGAUGCUCGUCUAUGUGGGUCAGUUUUUCUGCGAGGACAUUUUGGAGCUCGAGAUGGCGCCGCUCUCCGAGUCGCCCGAGUACUACGUGCCGGACGACGGCGACCUCGCAACGUACGGCGACUACAUCCGCAACCUCCCGCUCGAGGACCCGCCCCUCGCCUUUGGCCAGCACCCGAACGCGCAGAUUGCAUCCCAGAUCGACAAUGGCCGGGAGCUCCUUAGUACGAUCCUGAGCUUGCAGGCCAUGGGCGGCGGCGACGGCGGCAAAGGCACCGACGAAAAGAUCCUCAGCGUCCUCCAGAACCUCAAGGAGAAGGUGCCCGACCCGUUCGACCUCGCGACGGUCAAGCUCAACCUCUCGGCGCGCAGCGACCCGGACGCGCUCAAGACCGUGCUCGUGCAGGAGCUCGAGCGCUACAACAAGCUUCUGAGCACGAUCAAGUCGUCGCUAAUUGCGCUGGAGAAGGGACUCCAAGGCCUCGUCGUCAUCACGCCCGAACUCGAAGGCGUCUCGCAGGCGCUCUUGUUGGGCGCGGUCCCCAAGGCCUGGAGCUUCUGCUACCCGUCACUCAAGCCGCUUGGCGCGUGGACGACCGAGCUCGAGCAGCGCGUGGCCCAGAUGCGGCAUUGGGCCAACACGGCGAUGCCCGUCGUCUUUUGGCUCGCGGGCUUUACGUACCCGACGGGCUUUCUCACGGCGCUGCUGCAGACCGCGGCGCGCAAGAACGGGGUCUCGAUCGACUCGCUCAACUGGGAGUUCCUCAUCGUCAACCAGCACGAAGACUCGAUCGCAUCGAGUCCCAAGGACGGCGCGUACGUCAAAGGGCUCUUCCUCGAGGGCGCGCGCUGGGACUUUGAGCACGACUGCUUGACCGAGCCGAACCCGAUGGAGCUCUACUGCGUCAUGCCCAUGAUCCAUUUUCGACCGGUCGAAAACAAAAAGAAGGCGGCCAAGGGCACGUACAGCUGCCCGCUCUACAUGUACCCGAUCCGCACCGGUACGCGCGAGCGGCCGUCCUUCAUGAUCGCCGUCGACCUCAAGUGCGGCGCCCAGCGGUCGCCCGACGUGUGGACCAAGCGAGGCACGGCGCUCCUCCUCUCGCUGAGUACGUAG